AUUUGAUCCAUGUAUCUCCUUCUUUCCUCUAAUGCAUUAGACCUGGGAAUUUCUAUUUUUAUCCUGGAAUUGGACUGUGCCCCCAUGUUCCCCUUGUCCAGUUUCUCCCGGGAGCCCUUGCAGCCAGUGCCAUCGCUCUGGAGGAUGAUAGAGGAGCAGCUAGCACCCAGCGAGAGACUGGAAGUGAAGACUAUCUUGGGAGAUGUUCUUGUGGAACACAGCUUGGAGCUUCACACUGAGAUAGAGACUCUCUCAGAAUUCUAUCAAGAAUUGCAAUUGGACCAUUUUGGGCAAACAGCUGAUAACUGUGCCUUGCUGACUGCUCCUCCCCACCUGAAGGAACUAGUAAGAGAGGAGAUUCACCUACUCCUGACUGGCUUGCAGCAAAAGGCAUUGCAGGAGGGCAGGGACCACUGUUAUGCCAUUGCUAAGUACAACCCACGCGUGGUCAACUUUGCUUUAAAGACAAAUGCUGGAAAUAGUCGGCCAUCAUCUGGGAGCAACACUCCCAUCAGAUCAUUGUCCUCCAGAAGCAUAAGUGAUUUGGAACCGUACUCUAAUAAACUAAAUAUAGCUCAUAUUGGUGAGAUAUCCUCUAGACUUAGGACAUUGCUAGAGGAUGAAUGCCACGCUCUGGAAAAAUACAUUACAAAUUUACAGAACCAACUAGAGGAGGUGCAUAAGCAUGCUACAGAGCUGCAAGAAACAAUGCAUGAACCCACCAUGGCUGAACUACAGGAAGAGAAACGUGCCAUGGAGCGGGAUUUGCAACUGAGCCAGCCCAAGUUAUGUCCCAGGCCUCCAUCCCUGAUGUCAGACCAGUUUGGGAAUAGCACCCAUUUGCCUCAACUCAGUCCAUUUCAUUGGAAUGUUGAAAUAAAACCUUUUGUAUCGCACAACUCCUUCUCUUUGUUUCACAGCCAUUCAAGCAGCUCAGUAAAAGGGCCAAGCUUUGGACAGAUCAGUCCUGCUUCUAAGGGGACUCCUUCACCAGAUCCCGGAGAUCAGACUUCUCUAUUCUGCUACCAGCCAUCAUCCUGGCAGAGCCAUUCCACAAAACCCCCUUUGGGACGGAUGCAUCAAAAUAGCGAGGAGUCCAACCAGGGAAGGAAGGACAGUGACACUAAGCUGCCUAGAACGCUGGGACAUCCAAUUGCCUCAGUUUAUAGGGCAGUAGCACCAGUGCUGGAACCUGCUUUUCUUCCCAUGCCUCCUACAGGCCCUUGCCCACUGACUCGCUUUUGUCCCCGUGCGAGAUUGUUGCACUGUAAAGGACCAAGCUAG